AUGUCCAAUGUUUCCGUGGAUAGAAGCAUCAGACAGCAAGAGAUCAAAAAGGGACUGCAGUUUAUACAGUCUACGUUACCCUUCCCCGGGACACAAGAGCAAUAUGAGGUAUUCCUACGAGAGCUUGUCAAGAACCUGUUUAACGAAGGGAAUGAUACGUACCGAGAGGGCGACUGGGACGGGUCACUGAACCACUACUCCGAAGCUUUAAACAUCGCAGAUUAUGCCAAUAGCGAGGGAAUCCACAUCUCCGACGAAAUAAUAGAGAGGAUGCACGUGAACCGUAUAGCGUGUUAUUCUAAAAAGGGCCUGCACGAUAAAGUUCUGGAAGACUGCGGGAUCGUUUUAAAGCUGAACGGGAACAAUUUCAGAGCUCUCUACCGGAGAGCGAGAGCCUUGAAGGAGCUGGGGAGGUACCAGGAGGCUUACGAUGCGGUGGCGAAAUGUUCCCUGGCGGUACCACAAGAUGAAAGCGUGAUAAAAUUAACUCAAGAGCUCGCUCAGAAGCUAGGAUUAAAAAUAAGAAAAGCCUACGUUCGAGCAAAACUUCCCGCCAACCCUGCCUCUGGAGUAGUGUCUAAUAAGGGCUCAAAUUCCUCUAUAGAAGAUAUUGAAUCAGAUUUUUCCAGUUGGAAGGAAAAGCCUCUUUCAUCCUCCUCCUCUUCCAGUUUUGCUCCCGACGUGUCCAGUGACCUGCCGCCGUUACCGGUCGCCUCUGUGGUGGGGCUUCCGGCCGAGAAGGGCUCGCUGCCUCGUGCCUCGCUGACCAACGGAGGCACCGUUUUUACCAUGCCCGAAAGCUGUUUAGACUGUGGGGACGGAGAUAUCAUCAUCGGAGACGAACUGGAUGAGUUGCUAGACUCGGUCUCUGACCCCGGUGAAAGCGUCAUGCCCAGCACCGUGGACAGAGGAGCCCUUCCCGUGGCCACCAUCGCCCCCAGCGUCCCUUUCUCCACUCCGCUGCUGGGGACUUUGCCGGUCGGAGCCGGGUUCGUUCCCGCCGCUGCCUUUUCUGAAAUGUAUUCCCAGCCCUUGGUUUCCUCCUUGGACAACUUUUGUUGUUUAAGUACUUUUUCAAUCAGUGAUUCUAAAAGAGAUCUACCCAGUUCUACUUCUAGAGACGGCACAUCAGCGUUAAACAGUAACUCUCCUCUUUUACUUAUGAAUGGGCCAACUAGCUUGUUUGGGUCUGAGAACUACGUUGGGAUUUCAGGUCCGGCUCGGAACGACUACUCGAGUGUCUUUAGCAGCAGCCCCACGACCGUGCCGGUGUCGGCGGCAUCCUCCCUGGUCGCGCGGAAUCCCCUGGAAGGCACCCACGAGCUCAGGCAGGCCUGCCCGCUGUGCUUUGUCAAAACAGGCCCUAAGUUGCUGGAUUAUACCUACCACCCCAGUCUAGAGCACAAAUGCAAGAAGGACAUUCUUAUUGGCAGAAUAAAGAACUCCGAAGAUAAAUCUUGGAAAAAAAUAAGGCCGAGGCCUACGAAGACGCAGUACGUGGGGCCCUAUUAUAUCUGUAAAGAUGUUGCUGCCGACGAGGAGUGUCGGUAUCCCGGCCACUGCACCUUCGCGUACUGCCAGGAGGAGAUCGACGUGUGGACCCUGGAGCGCAAGGGGGCCUUCAGUCGCGAAGCCCUCUUCGGCGGCAGUGGGAAGAUCAACCUGACCGUAUCCCGCCUCCUCCAGGAGCACCACGGACUGUUCAUGUUCCUUUGCGAGAAAUGUUUUGAACAUAAACCCAGAAUAAUCAGCAAAAGGAAUAAAGAUAACUCCGCGUCUUGUUCCCAUCCUGCUAUGCACGACUUCGAAGACAACAAGUGCCUUGUCCACAUCUUGCGAGAGACUACGGUAAAGUAUUCCAAGAUCCGACCUUUCCACAGUCAGUGUCAGCUGGAUCUGUGCAGGCACGAAGUUCGGUAUGGCUGUUCCAGGGACGACGAAUGUUUCUACGCUCACAGUCUCGUCGAGCUCAAAGUGUGGAUAAUGCAGAACGAGACAGGUAUUUCUCACGAGGCUAUUGUGCAAGAGUCCAAAAAAUAUUGGCAGAAUAUGGAGUCGAAUGCCCUUGGCGCCCAGAUUAUCAACAACCAAGCGAAGCACGGCUCCCUUAAUUUGAAAAUGAAGUUUGUCUGCGCCCAGUGCUGGAGAAACGGGCAAGUUAGUGAGCCGGACAAGAACAAGAAAUACUGUAGCGCAAAAGCGAGGCAUCCGUGGACCAAAGAUCGUCGGGUGGUGCUGGUGAUGUCGAAUGAGCGAAAGAAAUGGAUGACAAUUCGCCCCCUUCCCACAAAGAAGCAAGUGCCUUUGCAGUUUGAUCUGUGCAAUCAUAUUGCAUCGGGCAAGAAAUGUCAGUAUGUCGGGAACUGCUCCUUCGCUCACAGCCCUGAAGAGAGGGAGAUGUGGACCUAUAUGAAGGAAAACGGUAUUCAAGAUAUGGAGCAGCUGUACGAGAUGUGGCUGAAGAGCCAGAAGCCGGAAAAGGGGGAGGACCCUGCUGCUCAGACCAACAAGGAAAACGGGAAGCAAAUCCACAUGCCGACCGAUUAUGCCGAAGUUACGGUGGAUUUCCACUGCUGGAUGUGUGGGAAGAACUGUAACAGCGAGAAGCAGUGGCAAGGCCACAUUGCCUCCGAAAAGCAUAAGGAGAAAGUAUUCCAUACGGAGGACGAUCAGAACUGCUGGCAGCAUCGUUUUCCAACGGGAUAUUUCAGUCUUUGUGACAGGUAUAUGGCCGGCGCUUGUGCGGAGGGAAACAAUUGUAAAUUUGCCCACGGGCCUGCGGAGCUCCGGGAGUGGGAAGAGCUAGGCAGGUUCUACGAAUGAAGCUGAACAAAGCCCGAAAAGACCACUUGAUUGCUCCGAACGAUAAUGACUUUGGAAAAUAUAGUUUUUUGUUUAAAG